AUGGUAGAAACGGAGGAGGCGUCUGCCUCAUCCAAGAGGCCCAUCAAGAGACUUGUUGGAAGACGUCGACAGCCGAAUCCCAUCGAGAUUGCCAAUAAAAAGUCCGACGAUGACUUUGUUGAGGAAUAUGUCAAGCCAAGCAGCGAUGGCUGGCCUCAAUGGACGCAUCCCGAGAACAACACGAUAUACACCUUGAGUCUCUCGCGUCCUACCGCGAUGCAAGACGAUGAGCUCGAGGCGUGCUUCGAUCUGGUUGACGAGACGAGCGGUGAAGACUAUCGAAACUCGUCGCUAGGAUGGCACCCAGCGAUGAAGAGAAAGGAGAUGCGAUCACCAGAUCUUCGGUACAUUCUGGUCAAGGACGGUGACGGCAAGAUCAACGGCUUCACAUCAUUGAUGCCUACCUUUGAAAACCACGAGCCAGUGGUGUACUGUUAUGAAAUCCACUUGAAGCCGGAGCUGCAGGGGACUGGUCUGGGCAAAAGGCUUAUGGGGUACCUAAUGAACGUUGCCGAAAACGUCUCUUCAAUCGAAAAGGUGAUGCUCACAUGCUUCGUGAGCAACACCUCAGGGCUCAAGUUUUACGAGAAGCUGGGGUUCGACAAGGACGACUACUCGCCGAGGGAGCGGAAGCUACGGGGAGGCAAGGUGGUGAUGCCGGACUAUGUGAUCCUAAGCCGGCCGACGGCGAGCGGAGGUCUUAUCAAGUCCCGGACCCGUCGCUGA